CACAUAAUGGGAUGUCAGCAGUGACCCAGAGCACUAGCACUCCCGUCAAUGUAAAAAUGUGCCUGUUUGCAGCCACUUCUACCACCAGCAGCGGCCGGGGAGCCUGAGCUGCAAGGAAGACAGUGCUCACUAUCAAAGGUGUGUGUCUCCGAUACUCUGUCCAACCAUGGCGGACUACUAUGACGUUCUAGGGGUGCAGAGCUACGCGUCACCAGAGGACAUAAAGAGAGCUUACCGAAAAGUGGCACUUAAAUGGCACCCUGAUAAAAAUCCAGAGAACAAAGAGGAAGCAGAGCGAAAGUUCAAAGAAGUCGCCGAGGCCUAUGAAGUAUUAUCAAAUAGUGAAAAACGGAACGUUUAUGAUAAAUAUGGCAAGGAGGGAUUAAACGGCGGAGGUGGAAGUCAUCUUGAUGACGAAUGUGAGUAUGGUUUCACAUUCCGUAAGGCAGACGAUGUCUUUAAAGAAAUUUUUGGUGAAAGGGACCCAUUUUCAUUUCACUUCUUUGAAGACUCACUGGAGGAUCUUUUGAGCAGUUCAAGAAGCUCCAACAGAAGCAGAAGCAGAGACACAGGAUCCCUUUUCUCCCAUUCCUGUGACCACCCAGUGUUUACCAGGCUUUCUCCUUAUGACACAGGAUAUAUGUCUUACGUUUCACUGGGACACGAGGGCCUUACUUCAUUCUCUUCCCUGGCAUUUGAUGAUACCGAGAUGGGCAAUUACAUACCCAUUACCCCUUCAGGCAAAACUGUUAAUGGAAGAAGAAUCAACUCAAAGAAAAUUUUUGAGUACCCUCAAGAUAUAGAAGCUGAAGAUGACGAGUUGAAAUCCUUUCUUGUAAACAGUGUGGCAGAGGAAGAGGGCUUUGCAGAAAAAUGGAACUGGAGAAGACAGUCAUUCAACAAUUAUUCACCAAAUUCCCACAGCCCCCCAAAUAUAUCACCAUGUACUCUUGUGGACAACAAUGAACAAGGUACACCUUGGGUCGCCAGCAAGAAGGAUCCUUCCAUUUUCUCAGCAGGAUUCAAAGAAGGCGGUAGGAGGAAAAAAAAGGGGCAGAAGAAGAGGUCAAAUAAAAGGAAUCGCUAAUUCA